CAAAAAUUGAGUCAAAUCGUUGAAUCAGACCAAACCGCUUUGAAUCGAACUGGAAUGGCUAGAAACCGCCUUACCUUCUUUCUUUUUCCUCUCUUCUUUUUCUUCCGCGAGGCAGGCGCGACUCCUCCCUUCUUCCAGUUUCUGGCCAUCGCUCAACGAGAGCGAGGUGGCGAUCGACUUCCCUGGAGUCGCUGGUCCAUUUUCCGGCCUCCUUCCGCGCUAGCAGAGCCUCCAAUGGCGCGAAACGAGACUGUCUCCAUCGAUAGUUCUCGUUCUUCGCUCUCCGGCGAUGCCAAGCGACUCCGGCCACGUGAAGCUUCAAGGUGUGCGAGGCUUGCACCUUCUCAGAUAAGUGUCAUCCAUUGUGAUUCUCAUGGUGGAAUUGUUAGGUGCACUUGAUCAAAUACGAGAAGAACGGAGAAGCAUGAAGAUCAUAUGACUAUACAUGAUGGAGUUGUCAUCUAUUUAUAAAAAUAUUGUAUUCUAUCUAUCAAUAUCCCAUAUCCCACUUGAGCAAGACUUAAAAUUUUAUAAGAAAAUUAAUUACCAAGUUAGCUAACUCCUACAUACCAAGAUAUAAUCUAGUGGUACGUGCAUAUACAAUUUAGUAAUAGAUCUGUUGGGAUAUCCUCCCAAGUCCCACACCGAAUAAAAAUGAGAAGAGGAAUCAAAAUAUAAUGGUUCAAACCCAAUCCAUUAGUAUGAGGCCUUUUGGGAGGUGCCCAAAAACAAAUCCGUGAGAGCUUGACCCAAAGCGGACAAUAUCAUACUAAUUUGGGGUUGGAUGAGAGUACGCGCGGUCGCAACAAG